GUCAAGCCAUCACACAUGUCGGAGUCGCAGAAUGUCUUCGUCAUGCACAAUGGAAUCAACUUGCUACGUCAAGCCUGGGGUUGGCCCGGGCAGUCGCCCAUCGACGAAAUUCAGGCGGCUGUGUACGAGUUCUCCAAGAAAACGGCUCUGGACUGGGAGUGCAAGGCGCUGGUGGCCAGCAAGCCUGGGGUCAUAGUGGAAGAGCUUGUUCUGGCUGAGGUGGAAGGUGGCCGCUUCACGGUUGAUGAAUUCAAGUUUUACACGGUUUUUGGCCAAGUGGCGUUCGGAGAGGAGAUCUUCUCUUCAGCAGGCACUGUCAUGGAGAUUGACCGCAAUGGUCAGAUUCUCACAAACAAGAUGGAGUGCCCUCCUUUUUGUGUACGCCCUUGCUAUGCGCAAAUGGUGGAGAUCGCUGAGAAGGUGGCAACCUAUGCUCGUGCCGAUUUUCUUCGUGUUGAUGUGCUGGUUGCAGGCCGGUGCGAUGGCCUUUACGUGAGCGAGGUCGAGCUUUUUCCCGCGAGUGACUUCAGCCCUUUUCUCAAGGAAGCUGUUGCAGGUCGAUGGCGCGCGGGUUAUGGGGUCUAG